AUGGCAGGAACCUCAUGCAUUGAAUACAGGAACCUCAUCCAUAUGAAGAGCAUUACCCUCAUGGGUGGUAGCAGAAAUUAUACAUGUGGAUCAGCUGCACUGAGUAGGAGCGACGAAAACAAGGUCUCAAGGCUGGGAGCUUCAGUUUCAGGUGGACUUAUCGUCACUGUCAUGAACUACGCCGUUGGGCAUAUCUCCGGCGCCCACAUGAACCCGACGGUCACUUUGGCUUUCGCCGCCGUUAAGCAUUUUCCCUGGAAACAGAGGGAGCCAAUAGACUUAAAAAAUGGGACCAAAUCAAUCUCAUUGCUCAUGGGGAUGGUUGUUACCUUUUCCAUGAUGUUCAUCACUUCUGCUGUCGCCACUGACACCAAAGCUGUAAAUGUAAGAGAGUUAGCGGGGAUAGCUGUUGGUUCUGCAGUUUGCAUAACUUCAAUCUUAGCCGGGCCCAUUUCAGGUGGAUCCAUGAACCCUGCGAGGAGCAUAGGCCCGGCCAUUGCUAGCGAAAAUUGUAAGGGGAUUUCGGUGUACGUGGUUGGACCAAUACUAGGAACGCUGAUGGGAGCAUGGUCCUACAGCUUCAUUCGGGUGAUACAUAAGCCAGUCCACGAGAUCUCUCCCACAUCAUCAUUUUUCCUCAAAAUUGAUAGAUUAGGGAGCGACGACCACCCACCAACCAACAAAGAUACUAUAAUAGAUUCUAUUAUUGUCUAA